AUGUCUGUUAGUCCCGAGCCUUCGUUGUCACCUGGGGGCGUUGUGGAGCUCCGCGAGGAUGUGCCUCUAAAGCAAUACCAUACGAGUCCUGGUGGACUCUGCGCCGGAGGACCGCGAGUCAUCAUCGGUGCUUUCGCAACUCUAACGCUAGCUAUAACAAUAGCACUGAUCACCCAAAUAUAUUAUGGAGACUACCAAGUUGUUCCUCACGGUUCCGUAUCAUCAUCCUCUGCAGAAUGCAGCAGUGUAGGAACCAAUAUUAUUAGGGCUGGUGGUCGGGCUAUAGAUGCAUCAAUAGCAACAUCCUUCUGCUUGGCUGUCGUGGCACCACAUAGGACCUCCCUUGACGCGCAACCGACCCUUGUCGAAUGGAGUGGAAACCACAAUAGCCUGGAUACAAACCCUGUACCACGUCUUGUUCUAGGACUAGCUGCCAUCCAUGACACAUAUGGAACGCUACCCUGGCCGACGCUGCUGCAGCCAGCUAUUGAUCUAGCCCGGAAUGGUUUUAAUGUGUCUGCUGGUCUCGCGAUCGCAAGUUCGUCGUUAUUUAUACCGGGGUAUGUAGCUGGUGCUUUGAGGACAGAGCCAAUAUUAGCUGACUACCUUCAGUCCUUACAGCAAAACACAAGUGCCGAGCUAUGUGCUGCUUGGCUGUGUGAAAGUUUAGUUAUAUCAAGCUCAGUGGGGACAGUAAAAGCUGGCACCUGGCGUAUUUGGGCUGGCAGUUCUGGUGCGCGUGCUGCGAUAGCACUGUCUUCUGCGUUUGAACCCUUGCCUCUUAGCUCACUUGAAGCCCUUCAGAGGGUAGUGGCAAAUUUACAGUCACAAGCUAUAUCGGCAGCAGAGACUUGGCCAAGCGGAGUUUCUUCAGGAUUAGCAGUUGUCGAUCCACAAGACACUUAUGUCGCCCUAGUCACUGGUCUGACAGUCGCUUUUGGAUCUGGUAAGGAAAUGCCAGAUGGUUGGAGACAAGACAUUCCCGCCGCACCGCUUGACUUGGCGCCAGCUAUUCUUGUAGACGAAUUUGUUUGUGGAACCAGAUACAUCAUGGGUGCAGAAUCUUUAUCAGCGCUCGCUCAAGGAGUUGCCACCGCGUUUAUGGAUGGACCGCUUAACAUCGUUGAAGCUGUAGAGAGCGCUAGAGUAGUUGUAGAAGCAGGUGGUUCUCUAGCUAUAGAACCAAACCGGAUAUUACCUCUGGCCGUCUUAUCGGCACUGUUUAAGGGUCUUCCUGGUAAUGCUACUCUUCCCCUGGCUGCACUUAACAUGGUUCAGCAGAGGAGCGACGAAUUAUUGUCACACGCUGAUAGUCGCGGCGGAGGUUUGGCAUCAAGGUUUUAG